AUGAAACAAUUGUGGUCUUGGGAGCAGUAGAUUUUUGGAUAAAUAAAAAUAUAAGUUGAAGGUAUGAAAAUAGAUAAGAUAGAAAAUAUUAGUCGGACUACGUUGGUGGGUUGAAAUAAAUCAUUUUGGAAAUGAGAGUAGGGUUUUUACGACUUUAACUUAGGAUAAAGGAGAAGUUCUAAGGAUUCAUAGCAGAAUAUUUUGGUUCGUUUAGAUAUUUAUGGUUUUGAUGUUUGUUGGAAUGUUUAUAAUCAAAGCAUCAUACCUACGAAUAAGUGUCUCAAAAUAUGUUUUUUCCAACAGCAUUCACUGGACACAAUUUUAUAUGCUUUUAAUUUGUGUAACUAAAUUAUGAUAUCAGAAUUAGGGGAAUCAUUCUUGUAGAUGAAUGCUGGAAAAAGAUCAAUCAAAAUGCCCUUAAAUUUUGAUUAGUAGUAUAUUCGUAAUUCUAUUAAUAAAUUAAAAAAGAAAAAAAUAAAAAGUAAAGGCAGCUUCUAUAUAACACUUAGUUUUCAUUUUCAAAUAGGCUAAUUCGUCUGA